AUGGUCAGGUCAUGCUGUCCAGUCAUUCUGGUUCAUCUCUUCAGCUACUUUGUAGGGACAAGAGCCAUCACCCAGGACAUCCUGUAUCCAUAUGGACCUGGUUAUAGAGAUCUAGAAACCCCCAAGAUGGAUGAUGGGAGUUCUCCAGAAAUUACUCUACUUAUUCCCUUCAUUUUUUUUAAUGUGCCUUAUCGAUCCAUCUAUGUCAACAACAAUGGGGUCAUCUCUUUUAAUGUGCAAGUCAGCCAGUUCACGCCAGAGGCUUUCCCGCUGAGCGACAGCCGCUCCUUUAUCGCGCCACUUUGGGCAGAUGUACACAACGGGAUCCGUGGCGACGUGUACUACAGAGAGACCGCCGAUCCGGAAAUACUGGAGAGGGCAACACAAGAUGUCAGGAAACACUUCAAAAACAUGCCCAGCUUUACGGCCACAUGGGUCUUCAUCGCAACAUGGCACCAAGUCACCUUCUAUGGAGGAAGUCAGACAACUCCGGUGAACACAUUCCAGACUGUGCUAAUCUCUGAUGGCGUGGCGUUCUUCAGUAUGUUCAACUACGGACAGAUAACAUGGAGUACAGGAACAGCUAGUGGUGGGGAUCCUUUGACAGGACUGGGUGGGACAACAGCUCAGUCAGGCUUCAAUGGUGGAGAUAUCAAUCACUUCUUCAACCUGCCUGGAUCCCGGUCAAAUGAUGUGGUCAACAUUGAGCAGACAACCAACGUAAAUAUUCCUGGCCGCUGGUUCUUCCGCAUAGACACUGAACUGAUCGAUCCAGCCAAUGGCUGCAGCUACAACGGGCGUUUCUACAGACGUGGGGAGAUCUUCUGGAUGUCUGAUCAGUGCUCACAGCGCUGCCGCUGCCUGGACAUUAACAAUGAGGUGCAGUGCCUAGAGGCUCCCUGUGGCCAGUUCGAGACCUGCGAGCAGCAGGAUGGGGCCUUUUACUGCCAACCUACCCGCACCAGCACUUGUGUGGUAUUUGGGGACCCCCAUUAUCAUACCUUUGAUGGCUUCCUCUAUCAUUUCCAAGGCACCUGCUCCUACCUGCUGGCUAGGCCCUGCUGGGAGAUGGCAGGAAUGCCCUUCUUCAGUGUUGAAGCGAAAAAUGAGAACCGUGGGUCAGCCACUGUUUCUUGGCUCAGGGAUGUUACAGUGGAGGUGUAUGGUCACAGAGUCAUGAUACCCAAAGGUAGUUUGGGGUCAGUCCAGGUGGAUGGCUUAAAGAAGACUUUACCAGUUCAACUUCAGCUUGGGGCUGUAAGGGUGUACCAGUCUGGAGUUGCUAUUGCUUUAGAAACAGACUUUGGACUCUUGGUCACCUAUGACGGUCAGCACUACGCAUCCAUCUCUCUACCAAGCUCCUACUUCAACAACACUUGUGGUCUUUGUGGAAACUAUAACGACGACCCCGCUGACGAUCCUGUACUUCCUGACGGCUCCAUGGCAGAGAACUUGGCAGAGCUGGGAGGCAGCUGGCGGGCGGAGGACACAGACUGGAGGUGUACCGACGGCUGCAUCGAGAACUGCAGCAUGUGUGACCCUGCGACAGAAGCCUUUUAUUUUCGGUCAGACUACUGUGGACUCAUCAACAAAACCGACGGUCCGUUUCGAGACUGCAGAGCUGUAGUGGACCCCACAGCCUUUGUAUACAGCUGUGUAUACGACAUGUGCAGCAACAGGGAUAACAUGACCACUCUGUGUCAAGCUAUCCAAGCCUAUGCUCUUGCUUGUCAGGCUCUUGGUGUCACCAUUCGACCAUGGAGAACUCGCACCUUCUGUGCAUUUCCGUGCCCAGAGUUCAGCCACUAUGAAGUGUGCACAAGUGCGUGCCCAGCCUCCUGCUCCGAUCUCACUGCUCCUUUGUACUGCGCUCACCCCUGCACCGAAGGCUGCCAGUGUGACACCGGCUAUGUUCUGAGUGGCAGUCGCUGUGUACAGCCCGAUGACUGUGGCUGUGAGCAUAACAACUUAUAUUACCCCCUCAAUGGUACGUUCUGGGCCAGCCACAGUGGCGAGGAAGGGGACUGUGCCCUCCGCUGCACCUGUGGAUUGGCUGGGGAAGUUUCCUGUUUCAAUGAGUCCUGUAAAGAGGGUGAGGUGUGUGUGGCUGAGCUUGGUUUGAUGGGUUGCUACCCUCGGAGAGAGGGGGUAUGCUCAGUCACUCAGAACUCUGUGACAUCCUCUUUUGAUGGCACCUUCCUGCUGUUCCCGGAUGACAGCUCAUUCUACCUGCUGAAGCUUUGUGGACCUAUCCCGGCUAAUGCUUCCAUGGUGGAGGUGAAGAUAGGAAGGCGACUUAUGAACAAAGGCCCCUCCUGGAAAAGACCUGUUAUCGUUACGGUAGCUCACCUUGAGGCCCAGAUGGGAGGAUCUGAUUUUGAUACGGUGAAGGUCAAUGGAGAGCCAGUGGUGCUUCCGUAUGUCCAUCCAAUGGAGACGAUGAUGAUCUAUAAGGCGCCUGGAAAUGCUACUGUGGUGGAGUCUCGGGGUCUACUUCGAGUCCACUACACGCGUCAAGGCUUCCUCAACAUAUCCCUUUCAACCAUCUUCUACAACGUCACAUGUGGUCUUUGUGGUGUCUUCAACAGCAAUGCCACUGACGAUCUGCGCCUUCCCAACGGACGCUUGGCAGAAUCUACUGAACAGUUCACGGAGGGCUGGAGGUCCAUUACCGAUGAACUCACCUGCAACGGGGAUUGCGAUGACCUUUAUCGCAUGUGCACCGACCUCCGUCUUUACCAGAGCCCGUGGAUGUGUGGCAACAUUAACGACCCAGGGAAUAGCUCUUUUCUGGCAUGCCACACGAUGGUCAAUCCUUCCCCCUUCUUCAGGAACUGCUUGUACAACAUGUGUGUGAAAGAGGGAAACCGCUCGGCCCUUUGCUCGUCACUGCAAGCCUACGCCACGGCCUGUCAGGAUGCUCACGUGGGGCUCAGUUCCUGGAGGAGCGCUACUAACUGUCCUCUCCCCUGCCCAGAGAACAGUCACUUCGACGAGUGCACCAGUGCUUGCCCUCUGACCUGUACCAACUUGGACGAGCCUCAGGAGCCAUGCCCUCUGCCAUGCCAGGAAGGAUGUCGCUGUGAGGACGGCUUUGCGCUGCGGGACGGCCUGUGUGUUGCGCGUAGUGACUGCGGCUGCAUGAGCUACGGCCGUCAGCUGGCCACCAAUCAGACGUUUUGGACGGACUGGGAGUGCCAGGAGCGCUGCUUCUGCAACGGCUCUGACAACAGCGUGUAUUGUCAGUUCGCGCCCUGCGGUCCCGAGGAAUACUGUCAGGAGAACGACGGCUUGUACUUCUGUCAGCCUCGCACCGAGGCCUUGUGUGUGGCUGCCGGUUAUGGGCAUUAUCUACCAUUUAGCGGCGUGCCCUUUGACCUGCAGAGCUCUUGCACUACCAGGAUGGUCACCACCGACUGUGGAAGCGACAGCAGAGAGCCUGCAGUGACAAAUGGAGCUUUUCCUGACUUUAAAUUGGCAGCUCGCAAUGAGGGCAGAGAUACAAGCCAAGCGAUCUGGGUGAGGGGCUUUGUGCUGCAGGUCUACGGGUUUGAGAUGGAAGUGUCUCGAAGUUACAAAAACACGGUCACAGUCAAUAGGGAGCGUUUAUAUCUACCUCUGAAGCUGGGCCCAGGAAAAGUCAACAUCUUCACCCUGGGAGGGCUGCUUAUCCUGGAGACAGACUUUGGCCUGAAGGUUGCUUUCGACUGGAACACGCUCCUCCAGGUGACCGUACCCCGAGAUCUUUACAACAUUACCUGUGGCCUCUGUAAGGGCAUGCCCCCACCCCCGUCCACCACAUCCACCACCGACUGGGGCAAGAAAUGGGCAGAGAGGGACACGUUCUGCCAGGUGGGUUGCGGGAACUCCUGCCCUCACUGCGGCCCAGAAGACAAGAGCGAAGCGAACAACGCCGCUCUGGUGCUCGCCGACUCCAACACGAGUGACGGCCCCGAUGAGGAUGCCAGCGAAGUGGCUACAGGCAUUCGCUUUCAUCUCGGAGAUGGACUCUACGUGUUUGUGGAGCCCGGCGCAGUGAGGCUGUGUGGACUCAUUAUAGAUCGAGGCGGAGUGUUUGCACGCUGUCACAGCAAGGUGGCGCCAACGUUCUUUUAUCAGAGCUGCCUUCAGGACACCUGUUUGGAUCAGGGAGCUCAGGAUACCAUCUGCAACUGGCUGCAGAUUUAUGCCAGCAUCUGUCAGAUGGAAGGAGUUCCUCUUACCGGCUGGAGGAGUGACACACCCUGUGUCCAGAGCUGUCCACCUAACAGCCAUUAUUCCGCCUGCAUGUCGGCCUGCCCGCCGCAGUGCGCCCCCGCCCGUGGCCAGAGGGACUGCAGCUUGGACUGUGUGGAGGGCUGCCAAUGCGACCAGGGCUACGUACUGAACGGCAAGAGCUGUAUCCUGGCGCAGAACUGCGGCUGCUACACCGACGGCAAAUACUACGAGCCCAAACAGCUUUUCUGGAACAGCGACUGUUCCAAGCGCUGCCAGUGCAUCGGUCGGAACCUGGUUCAGUGCGACCCGAGGCGCUGUAAGACGGAAGAAGAGUGCACCCUGCGCUACGGCGUCCGAGGCUGCUUCGUUCGGCGCCCUCAGAACUGCAUCGCCUCGAGCGGCGGGGUUUUCAGGACCUUUGACGGGGCGUCUCUUCGUCUUCCGGCCUCCUGCUCCUUCGUUCUGUCCACCAACUGCCACAAGCUGCCCGACCUCUCCUUCCAGCUCAUCGCCAACUUUGACAAAUGGAGCACGCCCAACCUCACCACCAUUUCCCACGUCUACCUGUACAUAAACGAGGAGAACAUUCUCAUUUCCGGCAGCACCGUCAAGGUCAAUGGUACUCCGGUGUCGGUGCCGUUUGUGACGGGGUUGAUGACCCGCCUAUUCACAUCUGAAGGCUUCAUAGUCAUCGACACCCCGCAGGACAUUCAGGUUCGGUACAACCGCUUCAACACUCUGAGCAUCACAAUGGGCCAGAGACUCCAGAACAAGGUAUGCGGCCUUUGUGGGAAUUUCAAUGGGGACCCCAGUGACGACUACAUCACCUCCAGGGGCAAGCCGGCCGUCAGUGCUUUGGAGCUGGCUCAGAGCUGGAAGACCAACGGUAUGCAGAACAGCUGCGAUGAAACUCAGUUUGUGGCUUUGGCUCAGAGCUGCGACAAUGCAGCCGUCCUGGCUCUGCAGGCUGAGGACACCUGUCAGAAGCUCACAGACCUAAAGGGCUUCUUCCAGGCGUGUCACGGUCUGAUUGAUCCUCAGCCCUUCUACCAGUCCUGCUACCUGGAUGGCUGCUACAAUCAUCGCAAAGCUCAGGUCUGCGGGUCCCUGGCAGCUUAUGCCGAGGCCUGCCGGUCUUUGGGGACCCUCACCACCAAGUGGAUCACCCAAGAGAACUGCUCAGAAUGGAUCUAUGACCCCUGCGCAGGAGAGAUCUGCACAAACUUCACCUGUGAGCUGGAGAACGGCGGCGACCUGUGCGGCUGCCCCGAGCUGCCCUCAAACCCAGCCAGCGACGACGACAUCCUUCAGGCAGAGGUGAACUGUAAGCACGCCCAGAUGGAGGUUUCCAUCUCCAAGUGUAAGCUCUUCCAGCUGGGCUUCGAGAGGGAAGACGUACGGGUCAACGACGACCGCUGCGCCGGCGUUGAAGGCGAGGACUUCAUCUCCUUCCACAUCAACAACACCAAGGGACACUGCGGCUCCAUCGUGCAGUCGAAUGGAACCCACAUCAUGUACAAGAACACCGUCUGGAUCGAGAGCGUGAACAACACGGGCAACGUCAUCACCAGAGACAAAACCAUCAACGUGGAGUUUUCCUGCGCCUACGAGCUGGACCUGAAGAUCUCCCUGGAGACCGUCCUCAAACCCAUGCUCAGUGUGAUCAACCUCACCCUGCCGACCCAAGAGGGGAACUUCAUCACCAAGAUGGCGCUCUACAAGAACUCCUCCUACCGGCACCCCUACAGGGAGGGGGAGGUGGUGCUCAGCACGCGGGACAUCCUGUACGUUGGGGUCUUUGUGGAGGGGGCGGAUGAGAACCAGCUCAUCCUCAUAGUCAACAUGUGCUGGGCCACGCCGUCCCGCUACAGCAGCGACCGACUCCGCUACAUCAUCAUAGAGAGGGGGUGCCCCAACAUCAAGGACAACACCAUCGCCAUGGCGGAGAACGGCGUCUCGCUCACCUGCCGCUUCCACGUCACCGUCUUUAAGUUCAUCGGGGAUUACGAUGAGGUCCAUCUGCACUGCGACGUUUCCCUGUGCGACUCCGAGACGAACGCUUGCAAAGUGAACUGUCCUCACAAGAGGAGGAUGUACUCUGAAGGCGGCGAGCACAAAGAGCACAUCCUCAGCGUGGGACCCAUCAGGCGGAGAGAGUCUGACUGGUGUGAAGACGACAACGGAGGCUGUGAGCAGAUCUGCAGCAGCAAAGGGAACGGCCCCAUCUGCAGCUGUGUGACGGGGAUGCUGCAGCCUGACGGCAAAAGCUGCAGAAUCCUGAGCUCCUGCUGCAGUGUUGCUCCUGUAGCUCCUCUGCUGGGCUUCUCCUUCAUCCUCCUGGCUGCUUUUCGCACCCUCCUCCUCUCCUAACCCCCACCCCCCACCCCCCGAGAAACUGAGGAAAACAAAGGACAAAACAGACAAGACUUGAAGAUGCACAAAGUGUCCUUCCCACAUGAGUCCACUUCCCGCUGUGUGCCCGGCAAAAACUCCAUCCGCAAACUGAUGAUAGCUCUCCCCUUUCAGAGACGUGUAUCUUUGUAGCAAUCUUUUUAAAGAAUUUUUUUAGUUAUUUAAAGUCAGAAGUUCAUUUGUGUAAUAUCAUGUGUAGAUAUGUUUUUUUUUUUUUUUUUAACAUUUUAAAUGGAGUCUGGCGGCUUUUGGAAUAGAAUUUGAAUGAAUUUCGUAGGUUUUGCCACCAGAUGGCGCCAAAGACACCAUUUCCCAAUUUCUAACAUCACAUUUUGAUUGAAAAUCAGGGAACCGGACCUGCUGCAACUAGAAGGAAAACAGUAUUUUUACUGCCAGAAGAAUUAAACAUUAUUUUAAAAAGUGAUCCAAUGUAAGAUUUACCUGAACAGAAGAAACACAGGUGUUCUUUUUUUAUUCACUGAGCUAAAUCUAACAUUUUAAUUUGUUUUAUUUUUUUAAUCUAAACUGCAGCAAAUAAUCUUUUUAACUGAUCAACUCCUUAAAAAAAGUUUGUUUGAGGGUCAAUUUAAUUAUGAGGCUUCAUUUAAUUAUGAAGCCUCUGAUAUUUUACCGUUUUGUCGUCCAAUAUAACACUUAAAGACAUUAUUACGGCAAAAACCUGUUUCUGGAAGAAAAAAACUUGGAGCCAAACAGUUAGUUUUUUGUUUUUUUUUAGAUUUAAGUAAAAUGCAUUUUUCUUUCUCACUUGUCCAUCUUUUUAUUUUUUAUUCUUUUAGAUUUAUUUUCUUCGUAGAUGUUGGAGAUGCGGCUCAUUUUAGGGCAAAGUAAUGCAAAACAAAACAAGGAAUUAAUAAACUUUAAACAAAGUGUUCCCCAAGUUACACAGUGGAUUAAUUUUAAUUUCAUCACUAAAAGCUGAUAAAACUUUGACAAGUUUAACGUUUUUUCCAGUUUUCUAUGAUUUACAGUUUGUUAGACCUAUUUUUUCAUUUUUGAGCCAUUAAUUGGACGUGAAGUCACUUUAGUUUAGGACCAAACCUUAUUCACAAAACCUCUCAGAAACACAAAAACGUGAAUUUUUGCUGAAGUGGAACAAAGAAACCAGCCAGUAGAAGAUUUCUGAUUUGAUUUGAUUUGAUUUUUUUAUUUGAUUUGAUUUAAUUGAAGAAUAAUCAGGCCUGACCGAAGGACCGACAUGACAACACAGAAGAAAAAAAAUAAAAAUCUUGGAAUCAACAGGCCAAACGUGUCAGUUUAGGGGGGGGGGAUGCUGCCUGCAGGAAAAUAAACCCGGUUUAUUGAGGUUUGGAGACAAUCGGUUAAACGCCGGAUUAAAGCCGUUUUUCUGUUUUGUGCUUUCGAGCUGCGAGGUUUCCUGUCCUGUGUGAGUGCAGAUAAAACAAAGUAUUUCAAAACUGCAAAUAGUGGAAGAAUGCAUUGCAGCUCAGACUGGGAGUAUUUAUGCGGGAGGACGGCACCUUGUUAAAUUAUUGAAAACAUAGUUGUCACAUGAUUGUAGCUGAAAACUCUUUCCUUUUUUUUAAAUUGUUUCAGUAAAGUUUCCUCCUUCCUGUCUUCUAGCAAAGAAACUGUGUUGUUUGCAUGUUGGAUUGCUGUAACGUCGGUAGAUUUUCUGCUUCCAGACGCCUCGCUGAUCUGAAAUGUUGCUUUAGUUCAAAGAAAAUAAAAGUUUUGUUGCCUUGAGUGUAAAAAUGUACAGUGUUUUCCUUUUGACCGCAGCACCACCUUCAAUAAACCAUCAUGUUCUCAUAGCCAGA